GGGGGGAGCAGAUGCCGCCGGCAGCGCGCGGGAUCCGGGCGCCAGCAGAGCGCAGCCGCGAACGAGGCGCGGGGGAGGCGAGCGGGAGCCGGAGCAGCAGUCAGUGUUGGCGGAGAGCACCCGGGCGCAGUCGGAGCCAGAGAAGCAGCUGCGAUGGCCGUGGCCGUGGGGAGACCGUCUAAUGAAGAGCUUCGAAACUUGUCCCUUUCUGGCCAUGUUGGAUUUGACAGUCUUCCCGACCAGCUGGUCAACAAGUCUACUUCUCAAGGGUUCUGUUUCAACAUCCUGUGUGUCGGUGAGACGGGCAUCGGCAAGUCCACGCUAAUGGACACUUUAUUCAACACCAAAUUUGAAAGUGACCCAGCUACUCACAAUGAACCAGGAGUCCGGUUAAAAGCCAGAAGUUAUGAGCUUCAGGAAAGCAAUGUCCGGCUGAAAUUAACCAUCGUGGACACUGUGGGAUUUGGAGACCAGAUAAAUAAGGAUGACAGCUAUAAGCCAAUAGUGGAAUACAUUGAUGCCCAGUUUGAGGCCUACUUGCAAGAAGAACUGAAGAUCAAACGUUCUCUGUUCAACUACCACGACACCAGGAUCCACGCUUGCCUCUACUUCAUUGCCCCUACUGGACAUUCGCUGAAGUCCCUGGACCUGGUCACCAUGAAGAAGCUGGACAGUAAGGUGAACAUCAUUCCAAUAAUUGCAAAAGCUGACACCAUCGCCAAGAACGAAUUGCACAAAUUCAAGAGUAAGAUCAUGAGCGAGCUGGUCAGCAAUGGAGUCCAGAUAUAUCAGUUCCCCACAGAUGAAGAAACCGUGGCCGAGAUUAAUGCAACCAUGAGUGUGCACCUGCCAUUUGCAGUGGUCGGCAGCACUGAAGAGGUCAAGAUUGGCAACAAGAUGGCCAAGGCCCGGCAGUACCCGUGGGGUGUGGUGCAGGUUGAGAAUGAAAACCAUUGUGAUUUUGUGAAACUUCGGGAGAUGCUGAUCCGCGUGAACAUGGAAGAUUUGCGGGAACAGACCCACACUCGCCAUUAUGAAUUGUAUCGGCGCUGUAAGCUCGAGGAGAUGGGGUUCAAGGACACUGACCCUGACAGCAAGCCCUUCAGCCUUCAGGAGACAUAUGAAGCAAAAAGGAAUGAAUUUCUGGGAGAACUUCAGAAGAAAGAAGAAGAAAUGAGACAAAUGUUUGUUAUGAGAGUGAAGGAAAAAGAAGCUGAACUUAAAGAGGCAGAGAAAGAGCUCCACGAGAAGUUUGACCUCCUAAAGCGGACACACCAAGAAGAGAAGAAGAAAGUGGAAGACAAGAAGAAGGAGCUGGAGGAGGAGGUGAACAAUUUCCAGAAGAAGAAAGCAGCUGCUCAGUUGCUACAGACCCAGGCCCAGCAGUCUGGGGCCCAGCAAACCAAGAAAGACAAGGAUAAGAAAAAUAGUCCUUGGCUCUGCACGGAAUAAAUGAUACCCUCAAAUCUAAUUGGAUGUGCUUUCGCCUUUGCAUGUAAGUACGGUAGUAAGAAACCUUUGAGAUUUUUCUGACUUUAAAAUAAGAGAAACAUAUGGGAUAGAUGGAUUUUUUUUUCUUUUUAGAAUGGGGUAGGGAGGUAAUGGUUUGAGUAUCUUUUGGUUUAAAAAGAAAAACUAAAUAUAUUUAAAGUGGCCACAUUUAUACAUUUAUAUCCUUUCCACAAGAAACACAUAAAUUCAGCAUUUCCUUGAUAUCAGUAUGGAAGUCAGAAAUCACUGGUCCCAGUCUGUGUCAUAUACACAGUAUCGUGAGUGUCACUGGAUACUACAGAGGGUCUUUGGUUCUGACUAUGCAAAUAAAGCUGGAAUGAGGAAUGGAGAAAAUGGAGAAGAAAAGAUGUUUAUGCUAGGCUACCCCUGUGACCGCUUCAUUUUUUGUGAUCUUGCUUCAGUGGCCUUGUCCUUGUGCUGACUGCCAGCAGUGAUCACCUUUUUUUUAAAAGCCAGACAGCUCUAAAAAUCUUUUGUUCAACCAUAGUGGCCCACUUUUUGCUUCUCCUGGACUUAAAAUACAUGUAAUAGGUGUACGUGCAGAAGGGUAUGAUGGAGAGACAUUUAUGAGAAUUUAUUGGAAGUUCAGAAGUUACGUUUUCCAACUUGGGCUCUUUAUUAGCGGGUCACGGUUUUGUCCAGAAAGGGCAUCUUAGCCAGGGGUACAUUUAACAUAAAGCUGGGCACAGGUUACUUAUCUUCCUUCUCUGCUUUGUAAUCUCACCAGCAAUAAAAAUAACUUAUUCUUCAUAUCUUGUGCACCUCAAACAAAUCGACUUGGUUUCCUCACUUGCUUGACAUAUCCGUAAGUGUUUCACAUACAAACCGUUCAGUCAGGUUUCCGGCUGUCACCAACCCAUGCCGUACUGUCUCCGUGUGGUCCAACCAGAACGUCCAUUCAGACCCCUUCACUCUUCCAUUUGCAAGUGUUUGAAAUUGUCAAGUCUUGGUUCCAUUGACAGAAUACAUAUGUGAUGACUCUUUAGUGGAAAUGACCUACAAAGUCUAGAUUGUAUGUAGGUAUGAAGGCAAUUUUUUUUUAAUAAAUUGAAAAUUAAGCUGUGAACAGCAUUAGAACUUUGUCUAUUUCUUAAUUUUAAAAUAUGCUGAUAUGCCUUAAACUGUAGCUGUAGAUCACUGUCAUUUUGCUGUUUGAAAAUAACCAAUGUGUUUCUAAAACUGUUGUGUAAUCUACUUUGUGUUAAUGCAAAAUUGUCAUAUAUGUAAGCUGCAUGUUAGACUUGUCUUUUCUUAAAAAACUAAAAUAAUUGUACUGAUGCAAAGCAUAUCAUUUUUUUCAAGUAUGAAAGUAUCACUUAGCAAACAUGUUCAGUAAUUUGGGGUCUGUUAAGGUAGGAGACUGAUGGACAGGUAAUCUAUGCAUAAUUCACUAGUGCCAAGACAUAAGUGGGGGGAAAUAUAUUUUUUACCCAAA